AUGGACCCGAUAUCCAGCAGUCAAAGGAUGACAAUAAUUCCAACAAAAUCGAAAAUAUUUUCGCUGAUGGAAGUUUCGUUUCACACUGACAUGUCUUCGUGUUGGGUUGUAAUUCACGAUAAAGUGUAUGAUGUGACCAAUUUUUUGGACGAGGUAAGUUAAAUAAUUAUUUGGUAAGGAUGGAAUAAAAAUUAGCGUUACGACUAGGCUUCAAAUGGAGUGGGCUUGGAUUGAUUUAUGUUUCAUGUACCUUUGGCCAAAUGGUAUCCGAGUUCGUUCUUAACGAAAUCUUAUUCCGGCCAGAUGCAGAUUGACACCUACCGAUGAACACCCCUAUUAAGAGGAUCUUUCAAAGAGGGGGGGGGAGGAAUGAAGCUACUGUAAAUUGGUAGACAGUUACAGCUCAAGUGAUGUGCCCAUAUCACAGCUGUUUGGACUCUUAAGUUUGUAACGGCCUCAUUACAUGGUAAUAACAAUAACUAACUUUGGUUGGUGAGAGUAAAACGUAGGAGUGUAGAUGUUGAGCUUGAGGCCCUGCAUGGCUGUAUGACUGUAAGGAUUUAGAUAAAAAGCCUAAUUUUGUCUACGAGAUAUUAACCAUCAACCCUACAUCAGUAUCCAUAUUAUCCGUGCUGUUCUCUAUAUAUUUCCUAAGCUGCUAACAAAGAGAAUUUGUUGAACAAUAAAGAGCUCAUCCAGUCGGUAAUCAUUUUUUUAUGCUCGUGCUCUGAAUGUUUGAUCCAGGGGUGAUAUUGUAAGGAGGAAUUAGAUGCUAAAUACUCUCAUGGGUUGAAGGCUUAAUACUGUUGAAAUUCAGAUAAUAGAAUUAAGAUGUAACAUAAUUCGAUGGUUUGAGCUUCGGGCACGUAAGGAAAUUCAAAAAUAAGUCUCAGCUGACUCACUAAAGGCGACUGAUUACGUCUCAUUAAUCAGGCUAGAAAUUGUUUUUUCCAUUAACGCGAUGUAGCUUGAAAUGUUGCGAUUUAUUGACCUCGAUGACCGUGGUAAUACUUCCCAUAUGGAGAAACAGAAAUUCGUCUUGCAACCUCAGACCAGUUGGGUAAUCAAACUGUAUCAUUUCAUACUAAAAGCAAGCUUUUCGGUAAAUCUGACCUACACUCAUCCUUGGAUAUAAACUUAAUUAUCUUUCUUUGAGCUUGGUAAUUUAUUUUCGGUCUUCUUCAGCAUCAAGGCGGAAGGGAAAUCAUUCUAGAACACGCAGGUGAGUUGGUAGAAAAUCAAAGCAAACAGCUGCUUAAGCUGCAAUUUUCUGCGGAAAUUAAGAUGUGUUAAGUCCAUAGUUUGCCUUUUCAAGCCGGAAAUUGUCACCAUUUAGCAAGAACGGCAAAGUCUCUUUGAAAUCUUUGAAGUUUACAUGAUGUGAAACCGGGAUAAAAACGAUCUUUAGAAAGUAGUUAUUUUUUGGAUAGCAUACCGAUGAGGCUCAAAAAACCAACAAAACUUUAUUCGGUAGUUGUAAAUUCGUUCUUUGAGUGUUCAGACUAGUCUGACUCAGGACAGUUGUUAUAUUACACUGCAUGGAAGGGAACUGAACUAUCGCCGGCCUUUGCCUGUUCAUUCCAGGUAUGGAUGCUACAACUGUAUUCCAAGACAUAGGCCACUCGUUUGAAGCUCUAAAGAUUCUCUCUAAAUAUCAAAUUGGAGAACUAAGAGAGGUUAGUGUAUAGUUUGAAGUCAAAUUUUUCGGUUAGACACCUAACGGCAUGCUGAUGAAUUAGCGCCUGACUGCAGGUCGAGGGGUCCUGGUUCGAAACCUGGCCCAGUCAUCGUGUCGUAUUCUUGGGCCUGGCAUUAAAUUCCUCCGCUGUAUCUUUCCUACUAGCAGUUUAAGAAAUUGGAAGCGAACUUUCACGAAACUUGACAACAUUGUUGGGGUCGGGGUAAUUUGCUAUGGAGUAACAUCCCAUUCAGAAAGGGGAGCAAUACUCCUAAUCACUUCACACCUCAAUGAUCGAGGUAACCUCUGUUACCUUACGGACCACUUCUUUAAAGUGCUGAGUUAGCCUAUUGUUGUAAUGCAUCAUAAUCGAUCGGCGCUUCUACUUCCCCUAACGCAUAAAGUUGAUGUAAAACCGAUUUCUGGUAGCAAGAAACAGCACCUUUCGUAUGGCGUUCUCUCAGUGAUCAGAGACAACGAUCAGUAAUUGGAUGUUCUCUAGACCCAAAGGAUUUACUUCGUUUAGUGUUAACCAUUAGAAAUCCCUAUUUCUUUAUGUCCUUUUCUGACACUUAUAGGUAUUUGGACUCCCUAGAAGCUGUAAGAACUGAAUCUCGCUCACCGAAUUUUACCAAGAAACCUGACGUAUUGCAACCGGUGUUCUUGCUAUGGUUUCGAUCGUCUCAAAAGCGAAAAUGGGCGCGAAACCAAAAGAGUGCCCUCUUGGCUAGGUGUCCAAGGCUAGGCAGCUGUCCUGUUUUUGUUACAGUGUCACUCAUUAGUAUUGUAUUGUGAAAACUAUAAUCUUCUUGUUUCUUUCAGAAAGACAAAAUCUACAAUUCCAAGCCCAGACUAUGA